AUGGCGGUGGACAGUUUCUUUAGGACUCUCAAGUCCCCUCCUCUCUGUAACUGGGCGAAGAUAUGCCGCGAAAUCGUAGAUGGUUAUUUAUUGGACCUUUGCAACUUGUAUUUAUCUGUAAUUGAAUCCAGUUGAGUGGAGUUUCAGAGGAGAAUCGGGUUUUAUUGUGAAGUUUUCAUGCAUGGAAACUCGAAGUAGAAGCAGGAAGAGAGCUGAGGCCUUGGAGUUGAUGCCUGCUGAUAAGAGAGCCUGCAAUGGUGCUUCGACCUCUGCUUCGUGCUCGAGGGCUAAUGAAGCCCCACCUAAAACCCUGGAUCACAAGAUGGAGUCGUCGGGUUCAGUCUCUGGUGAACAUGUAGAAGGAGUCAAUGGGGACCGAAAAGAUGGAGGAAAUCCACAGCAAGUCUCUGGUGGACCAGUAGAAGGAGACAAUGGGAACCCAAACGAUGGAGGAAAUCCACAAGAAGACUCUGAUUAUGCGAGUUCAAGUGAUUCAGAAGAGGAUCAAAUCCCCAAAUUUGAAUAUGGCAACGCAGGUGUUUGGGAGUGCCCUUAUGGGAAUAGAAAAACCCUCAGCGAUAAGAUAAAGAGGGUGGUUUCGAGCAUUGUUGCAGGACCAAAAGAACAUGGGUCUUUUAGUAUGUUGGCUUUGCUAACUGAGCUCUGUGACUAUUUGCCUUUUUGUAUGGAGGACUGCUUUGGGAGUGUUUCUUUGGAUUCGUUUGUUCCAGUGCUGGUUGGGGUGGUGAAGGAGGAGGGGGAGCCUGAUACCAUGCUUUUAGCGGUGAGGGCCCUCACCCACCUUUGCGAUGUGAUGCCGAAGUCAUGUGCGAUAGUUGUGCGCCAUAAUGCUGUUCAUGCUUUCUGCGCUCGGUUGAUGGCAGUGCAGUACGUAGAUGUUGCGGAGCAGUGCCUAAGGGCUCUUGAAAAGAUUUCUCGGGAUCAUGCAGCUGCCUGCCUACAUUCUGGGGCGAUCAUGGCUGUGUUGCCUAUUGUGGACUUCUUCUCAACAGGCAUUCAGAGAGUAGCUCUAUCUACUGCUGCAAACAUAUGCAAGAAACUCGAUCAUCAGUCAUAUCCACUUGUCAUUGAUGCUAUUCCAAUAUUGUGCAAUCUCCUUCAGUAUGAGGAUCAGAAGCUUGUUGAAAAUGUGGCUAUUUGCCUCAUAAGAAUAGGAGAGGCUUUGAAAGGUUCAUCAGAUAAAUUGGAUGAGCUGUGCAAGCUUGGGGUAAUUGCCCAAGCACUUCAUCUGAUUUCCUCAAACAGCCGGAUCAUAGUCAGUAAAACGACAUACUCUGGUUUGAUUGGGCUGCUUUCCAUUCUUGCUUCUGGUUCUUCCCUUGCAGUCAAGGUUCUCUUUGACCUGAAUAUCAGCCACACAUUGAGAGAUAUUCUGGCCUGUUCUGACCUUGCACCUAGCACAGUCUAUUCUUCUUCUGAGGAUCUUUCUUCAAAGAAGAUGCUUGAAGUUCUGAAUUUACUAAAUGUGCUUCUCCCCCCUCCAUCUCCUGGAGAUGAAAAGCUUCAGUCUUGGUUUGAGAAAGAAAAACAUUUUAAGGAUCAACCUGAAUUUCUGCGUCAGUUUGGGCUAGACAUUCUUCCUAUCUUGAUCCAGGUGGUUGGAUCUGGGGCAACUGUGGCUAUUUGUUACAGUAGCCUUUCUGUUAUGAACAAAUUGAUUUAUUUCAGCCCAUCUGAUAUGCUACUUAAUAUGCUUGAAGGCACAAAUAUAUCAAGCUUUCUGGGUAGUGUGCUUCGCUCGAAGGAUCUCCACGUACUGAUUGCUGCUCUUCAUAUAGUUGAGCUAGCCAUGCAGAAAUGCCAUGACACUUUUCAGAAGUUAUUUGUAAAAGAGGGUGUUCUAUAUGCAGUUGAUGCACUUCUCUUACCAGAGAAGUUACCUGAUUCUCACGCCUUGCUUCAGCAGCCAACCAGCUCAAGCGUGAAGCCUACAAGAUGUCUUUGUUUUAGUUCCAGUGUCACUAGGUCUCCAUCAUCUGAAGUACGAACCUGCCACGUGAAUAAGGAGAUGGUUUGCUCUAUAGCCAAGCGUAUAAAAGACACCUACUUUCAUUCAGUAUCAAAAGACGCAAACGUGGCAUUCACAGAGAUGGUUCAGAAAAUGAAAGAUUUGUGCUCAGAGUUGAGAGAUAAUGCAGAUAUUUCCAUAACUAAGGGCACUAGUGCUCGACAUGAAAGAUACUUGUCUAAUAUUUUGGAGAGUAUGGUAUCCGAGCUCAUUGGAGAGGAUCAACUGUCUACUUUUGAAUUCAUUGAAAGUGGGAUAGUGAACUCAUUCAUAGAUUAUCUAUAUGGGGGGAGAAAAGUGGAUGUUGCUGGGUUAUCAGGUCAUAUUGAAGUGUUUCUGAAGAGAUUCCAGAAGUUUGCUGCACUUACUUUGUCGUCACCUAGUCCCCACUGUGAGGUCAUUCCUCUCACAGCCAUGGUUCGGAACCUGCAGUCUGUGUUAACUUCUUUGGAGCAUUUUCCUGUUGUCUCUAGUCAUGUUCCUAAGCCUAGAAGUUCUUAUUCUACCAUUCCAGGUGCGCGGAGCCUAAUCUGCCCGUGUUUCAGGGUUCACUUUGUGAGGGCAGAAGGGGAUGCAACUCUCUCUGAUUUCUCAUCUGAUGUUUUAGCAGUUGAUCCUCUUUCUAGUAUGGAGUCUAUCGAAGAAUAUUUGUGGCCUCGAGUCUGCAAAAGUGGAGAACGAAAAUCUGUGGGUGGUUGUGUGGGCUCAUCCGAGGGUUCCUCAUCUCUGACUUCACCUUCUAUUGCUACGCAUGGAACUGGGCAUCGAAAUACAUCAGGAAACAACUUAUCUGCAAGUUCGUCAAAAACUACUGAGAAGGUUGACUUAGACACUAAUAUCACUGGAGCAUCAAUUAAUCAUGAAGGAAGUGCUGGAGUCAUUGAAGGAUCAUCACAGACGUUUAUGGAGAUUCAGGGAAAUAAGUCUGAAAUUUCUGCUGCUGAAAUUAAAACAACCGUCGAAAGGGUACCUGCGGUUUCAGGUGGUGGAGUUGCAUCCUUUGUACGACGAUCUCUAAUUUCUCUAAUGCGAGCACUGCCAUUUGUGGCACAGGCAAACAAUACCAAUAGAAGAAAGAAAUCAGUUGCUGUAACUGAUGUUUCUGCAACUGCACAAACUGUCGCAAAUAAGGACUUGCCAUCCAAAGAGGGCAAAUCUGGAGAAACUCCUUCAUCAUCUGACAAAAAGAAAUUACGAGGAACCCCAAAAACUGAACAUUCCAUCCCUAAGCUGAACUUCUGCUUACAUGGGAAAGUGAUGAAUCGGUCACUUAGUCUUUAUCAAGCAAUUAUUCAACAAGAAAAUGUGGGGAUUUGCGACAUAAAUGUGGGUCCUAAAAUUUGGAGUGAUGUAUAUCAAAUCACAUAUGGAAGGGCUACAAAACCAUGCAUUGUUGAUCAUGAAGGGGAAUUCCAAAUUCCAUUUAGUUGUAACAAUGGGAUGUUUUUGGGACAUCUUCAAUAUUUCCGAAGCAUCUUAAGUGAGGGGCUUUCUUGUGAACUGGAUAAGUCAGAUCCCAUUUAUAAUGUGUUGUUAUUGCUAAAAGUUCUGGAAGGGUUGAAUAGGUUCUCAUUUCACAUAAAGGCUCACAACAACAGUAGUACUUUUGCGGAAGGGAGAGUAGACAAAUUUGAUGCCUUGAAGGCCACUCUCCCUUCAAUUCCACAAAAGGAAUUUGUGAGCAGCAAGUUAACUGAGAAACUAGAACAGCAGAUGCAGGAUCCACUAGCAAUUACUGAUCAUGGCUUGCCUUCCUGGUGUAGACAGUUAAUCACUUCAUGCCCAUUCUUAUUUUCCUUCGAGUCAAAGAGUAAAUACUUCCAGUUGGCUGCAUCUGGCACUUCACGAGUGCCACAGUUGCCUUCCACUAUGAACUCGGGUCGUUGGAGCAUACUUCCACAUGACAUUGAGAGAUUGCGUUCUAGUCAUUUGACGCGAAGAAAGUUUUCCAUUAGCCGAAGGCACAUACUGGAUUCGGCUUCAAAAAUUAUGAGCUCAUGUUCCAGUGGUAAGAUUAUUGUUGAGGUUGAGUAUGAGGGUGAAGUGGGUACCGGUCUUGGUCCAACAUUGGAGUUCUAUACUUUAGUUAGUCGUGAAUUUCAGAAGGUUGGACUUGGCAUGUGGAGAGACACCACAAUGCAAUUCCAUGCUGAAGGAUCAUCCCAAGUUCAGGAUUCGGGCUUUGUGGUUGCCCUUAUGGGGUUAUUCCCAUGCCCAUGGUCAAGUUCAUCAAACUCCUCAAAUGGGAUACAGUUCUCUGAAGUGAUUAAAAAAUUCACUCUAUUGGGGCAGAUUGUUGCAAAAGCACUUGAAGAUGGAAGGCUUCUGGACCUUCCCUUCUCAAGAGCAUUCUAUAAGCUCAUUCUUGGGGAGGAUCUUGAUUUAUAUGAUAUCCAGUUGUUUGAUGCUGAAUUUGGAAAAACCUUGCAAGAGAUGAAGGCUAUUGUUGAUCGUAAAAGAUACUUGGAGUCUGUACCAUGCAGGAAUAAAAGAUUAAUUUCUAGUCUGAGUUUUCGGGACACUAAGAUUGAGGACCUCUGUCUUGAUUUUACUGUUCCUGGUUAUUCUGAUUAUAUUCUUAAAAUCGGACCUCAAUAUAAACAGGUAAAUAUUUACAAUUUGGAUGAGUAUGUGUCAUCAAUGGUGGAUGCAACUGUGGGAAGUGGGAUUUCAAGGCAAGUGGAAGCUUUUAAAUCAGGAUUUAACCAGAUCCUCCCUUUGGAAUAUCUUAAAAUAUUUGCUGAAGAUGAACUCGAACGAUUGCUCUGUGGUGAAAUCAACAUUUGGCAGUCUGACAAUCUUUUGGAUGAAAUCAAGUUUGAUCAUGGCUACACAGCAAGCAGUCCACCUGUCAUUAACCUGCUGGAGAUCAUUCAAGAAUUUGGAAGUGAUCAGCGUCGAGCCUUUUUACAAUUUGUGACUGGAGCGCCCCGCCUUCCACCAGGAGGCUUUGCAGCUCUGAACCCAAAAUUGACAAUCGUUCGCAAGCAUUUUGGUGACGGUACUGCUUGGGAUUUGCCAAGUGUGAUGACCUGUGCCAAUUAUUUGAAACUUCCUCCUUAUUCAUCCAAGGACCAAAUGAGGGAGAGGCUGCUAUAUGCCAUUACAGAAGGGCAGGGUUCGUUCCACCUCUCUUAGCCUUCCACCUGUUUGUUAAUAUCCACCUCUCUCUGAGGUGUCUGUCUGUUCCGGUAAUUCAUUUUGAAGGUGGUGUAGAUAGUGAUGCUGAUUGUGGCAGACCAUCUUCCAUUUUCCAUUGUACAUUGGGAUGAAGAAAUCACGACGAUGGUCAUUGCCUUGUAUAUUGGGAUGAAGAAAUCACGUUGAUGAUCAUUGCCUUGUACAGGUACAGUUUUUUGAAGCUCACGUGCCAAACAGUUCAGUGUACAUAGGGAAAUGAAGAUACUGAGCUGUUGUUUAUGCAUAUUCAUUCAUAUACAGUGACAGGCGUUUUUCUUUAAUUGGUCUCACCUUUGACAUUGGUGAUGCUCCAUGGAGCACUGUACAUGAUGUGAAUAACUCUGCUUUUGGUCUUUUGAUAUUGUUACACUUUUUACGGUUUUGAUGUAGAUUGUCAUCCAAGAAACAAACAACACUUUUGAGAAUUGAAAUGUAAAGAGCUUGAAUUUGCGUUAUCAAAAUCAAAA